AUGCACACCAUUAAGACAGUGGAGACCCAAGUUCCCUUUCUUAAAGAGAGCUUCUUCACCACUGCAUUUAAAGGAAGGAGGAAGAGCAGUGUCACCCAUAUCCUCCAUAAACAACAGUCCACGCAAGAGCAGAGCAUUUUAGAGCAUCAACAGCACAGUCCUGAGCUGUUUCAUCCCAGUCCGACUGAAAAUGGAGAAGGGCAGGAAAGUCCAGGGCAUCAGCGGCUUGCUCGCUCGAUCAGCAGCCCGUUAUGCAAGACAGCCGAGACUGCACAAGCAGAUGGGGGUCGAAAGGAGGGGCAAAAAGAGAGAGAGGAUCAGAGAGACAGAGAGGCUACGCAGGGGAGGGGGGGAGAGCCAGCGGCUGUCAGUGCCAGUCUCCUCCUCCUUUCAUCAUCAGCAUCAGCAGAGCUCGGGAAGCCAACAACAUCCCCACAGCAGUCGCUAACAGUGGUGGGCAGACAGCAGGGAUUAGCUACCACUGGAAUAGCUCUGACCAAACGAGGACCAACAUCGGUAGCAACCAAGGAGGAAACCCAGGAUGCCCCAUCUCGACCCCAGCAACAGGGCCUGUUAGCCAAGGGUGUUCGCCUGCUUAGGAACAUGGGGAAUCAGGAGACGAAGCAGAAAAAAGGAGGAGGAAGUGCUGGAAUAGCAGGGGAUGUCUCCUCUGAGGCUGCGGCUGAUGACAGAGAGGUGGACAAACUAUCUAAAAAGUCCCAGAGUAAGAUGAGUAAAGGAGCAGGAGAGCAAAGUACUAAAAAGAAACCAAAGUCAGAGUCAAAGGGCUCCAUGUUUUCUGGCAUGAAGAUCAGGAAGAGUUUAUCCAAGGUGAAAGGUUUGUCUAAGGAUGACGUGUUGGAUGAUGGAAGAUCAGCACAAGUGGACAAGACUGAGCUAAAGUCUGAUGAAUCAAUCCAGUUGGUUGAAGACACCGGACUACCAUCAGAUGUCGAGGGGGAUCUAAGCUGUUUGAAUGUGGACAAUCACCUAUCUGUGGAGCAAGAUUUUGUUCGAAAGACAAGCUCAGGUUCAGAAGCUGACCUUUACAGUUUUCACUCGACCACAGGUGAAACCGAAGAUCUUCUUUCUGACAUCCAGCAGGCCAUUCGAGACCAAUAUGUGGCUACUGAUGGGGGACAGAGAAUUUUGCCCAGCACCUUAAAUGAAGGGGCGACUUCUAAGAUGAGAAAGAUCCCACAGACACCAGUGUUUCCCCAACAAUUCAAUCUGGAGGAGAUACUUUUUCCUACAUCCGACUGUGGAAGUGUGCUACAGCAUGCAGAAAAUAUGACGAUAGAGAAUGGAAGUGGUGAAAUACCUAUAUCAAGAAAUUCAUCUGGUGAGAGUGGUCCACUAUCUUCAGCUCCAGACACAGACAGGAGCAGUAUUAGCAUUUUCCCAAAGACUAACAGCACUUACAGCUUCCAAGAUAUGACUGCCACCACCACCACCUCAUACGAGAGUGCUGAAGAGCAACUGGGUGACCUGGACAGCCCUGUUUUGCACGAACAGCAAUGCCAAGAUGACAAGGCUACGCAGAAGAAAAAUACACGUGUGCCCUCUGUUCAUUUGGAUACUAUGUUGACAGGCACCAGUCCGAUUGGGACUCAAAAGAGCAUAAGCAGCAUGGACCUGUCUGUUGACAGGGAGGAAGAAGACGGUGUGAGACAGGCAUUUUUGUCCCUCACAAGCAGGAAGAGUAGUAUGUCCAUCAGCCAGCUGACAGUAGACAGCCCCCCUGUUUCUCAGUCUAGACGGACGUCUGCCAACUCCCCCUCUACUGUCAGACUUUACCCUCCAGUCCACCCCUCUUAUGUUAAGACCACCACCAGGCAGCUCACAUCCCCAGUUGAUUCCCCCAUUACCAGCCCCGAUGUGCCUAGGAAAACUGGUGUCACUGCUGCUUCGCCCGAAUCCAGCAGAGCGGAGGGGCUUAAGAAGAGCAAGCAGAGGUCUUCCUCCCUCGCUGGGCCCCACGGUGUUUCUGAUGACUGGUCUGCAGAACUAGAGGAACCAGGACGAACUCCUCCUGUCGCUGUGUCCAAAUCCCGAGACUCAGAAACCCCAGAGAAGGUUCAAACAGGUGGCGCUUACUGGACUCUGGGUUCCAAGAGAUCACAUUAUGGAAAAAAGACCUCGGCACCUUACCUGGACGUCUUCUCUGGUCGUACUCUGUUGGACAGGCUUUGUUUGCAUCAUGGCGAUGGGUCUGCAGAGGAGCAAGCCAAAGAACUGUGUCUCAGCAUGCUGGCCCACGGACUGCUGCAGCCCUUCAGUGACAGCACCACAGAGUACCAUAGUGACGGCACCGUCUCCACAAUCUUUAAUGAGGAGCAGCUGUACACCUGGGCGUCUGUCGGCCUCCCGGUGUCCUCCCACCUGUGGGACCAGUACGGGGGGAGAACCGCAGGCAGAAUACAGGGUUUGAGAUCCUCUUUGAAUCGAUCAUCAGCUAACACACCCGGUGUGCUGCACUUUCAGACAGAAUCCAACAGGUUGAAGUCAGCGCAGUCGUCCUCGGAGGAUGAAAACUGUGUCAUCCCUCAGCUGGAGAAGACAAUCGUGGACCUGCAGACUAAGAUUACAGCGCUGCAGGCCCAGCAGGAGUCUGUGACAAAGAGCAGUGAGGAUAAUAAGGGAGCGCCAGGCAAUGGCCACCACAAGGCGUCACAGAUGACGGCGGGACCGUUGGAGAAGAUGAACCGGGAGGUGCAGACUUCACCCUCGCCCCUGGUUUCAUCUUACGUCCCCAAAUCCACACAGAGCUUUGUGUGCACUUGCCAGCAGAGGCAGCAGAGCGGCAUCCCUCCAGGCCCUCCACCCCCUCCUCCUCCUCCGCCUUUACCAGGAGGUGUCGCCCCUCCCCCUCCACCACCUCCUCCACCUCCUCCUCCCUUACCUGGUGCAGGACCUUGUCCUCCACCACCACCACCUCCUCCGCCUCCACCGGGCUUUGGGCCUCCACCACCUCCUCCCCCACCGGGAAUGGGCCCUCCUCCCCCGCCCCCGCCCCCACCAGGAAUGGGCCCUCCUCCACCACCUCCAGCCCCAGGUUUCGGGCCUCCACCACCCCCCGGGUUCAUGCCUUCCAUGAUGGUGCAGGAAGCCGCCCCCGCCAAGGCCAUGAUAGAGCCCCCCAAGCCCAUGAAGCCCCUCUACUGGACCCGCAUACAGUUGCAGAAUAAAAAAAACACUGACCCUCUGGUAUGGGAGCAGAUCGAGGAACCAAGCGUAGACUUUGGAGAAUUUGUGGAGCUAUUCUCCAAAAGUGCUGUUAAGGAGAAGAAGAAGCCAAUUUCAGAUACAAUUAGCAAGUCUAAGGCCAAACAGGUGGUGAAACUGCUGAGCAACAAGCGUUCACAGGCUGUUGGCAUCCUGAUGUCCAGCAUCCAUCUUGACAUGAAGGACAUCCAGAAUGCCGUUCUAAAUAUGGACAACUCCAUUGUUGAUCUGGAGACUCUGCAUGCUCUCUAUGAAAACAGGGCUCAAAGUGAUGAGAUAGGUGCCAUUAAAAACCACAUUAAAUCAACCCAGGAAAAGGAGGAUUCCAAGCCACUGGACAAGCCGGAGCAGUUUCUGUUUCAGUUAUCAAAUAUCUCCAAUUUCUCUGAACGUGUGUUUUGCAUCUUAUUUCAAUCAACCUUCCACGAGUGUAUCACCUCAAUCCUGCGCAAAAUUGAAGUCCUUCAAAAAGUGUGCAAGACUCUCCAAAUUAGUAAAAGUGUAUUGCAGGUGCUCGGCCUGGUUCUGGCUUUUGGCAACUACAUGAACGGAGGGAAUCGGUCUCGAGGGCAGGCUGAUGGCUUCUCCUUGGACAUUCUGCCAAAACUGAAGGACGUUAAAAGCAGCGAUAACUCCCGGAGUCUUUUGUCCUACAUUGUUGCUUACUAUCUGAGGCACUUUGAUGAGGAUGCUGGCAGAGAGACAUGUGUCUACCCCUUGCCUGAGCCCCAGGACCUUUUCCAGGCCUCUCAGAUGAAGUUUGAGGAUUUUCAAAGAGAUCUCCGCAAGUUGAAGAAAGAUCUAAAUGCAUGCUCAACUGAAACGGAAAAAGUUUGCAAGUUGUCCUCUGAAGAUGACGUACAACCCUUCAAAGACAAGAUGGAGGAAUUUCUUAGCCGAGCCAAAACUGAGCUGGAGACACAGGAGAAGCAGCUGGCAGAGACUCAAAAGAUCUUUUUGGAGUUGAGUGUGUCCUUCUCAGUCAAACCCAAGGCGGGAGAGAAAGAAGUCUCUCCCAGCACAUUAUUCUCCAUUUGGCAUGAGUUUUCUACGGAUUUUAAAGAGCAGUGGAAGAAGCAGAACAAGCUGAUAUUGCAGGAGCGGGUGAAACUGGCCGAAGAGAGCUUCAAGCAGGCCAGGCAGAAGCCUUCCUACAAUGUGACAUCCAAAAACGCCACUGGAAUAAAAGCAAAGCUGGGCAAGAAGAUCUGAAGCAGAGAUGGGAAAAUAAUCAUCACCAAGCCUAUUGCACAAGCACAAUCUGACAUGGCUCAUCAGUCAUUUCUAACACGUCUUUGUCUCCACUAUUUGUUUACUAAUUUAUUGUAACUUUGUUUGAAGUGGAUAUUAUUUAAAAGUUGAAUGAACUGUUUAUUUCUUAUUCAGAUAGAGCUCAUUUUUAAACGGAACACUGAAACCAAACAAAAUCACUGAUGAGAUUUAAUGUUUUAGCCAUUAAAUACCGUCAAAGACAUCUGUAGCACAAAAUCUAGGUUUUAUCAUUGUUUUAUGCCGAUGUAUAAUCUUGAUUUUUCUUUUAAGUGCAUUACCCCAAGUCUAAUUAUAUUACAAAACAUUAUUGAUUCCUCUCUGAAUCUCCGUUUUAUGAUUGAAAUGCACAGAUUUUAUGACCUUUCUAUAUGAUAUACAGCAUUUUGGUGUUUUAUGGAUCAGCUGCCAGAUAAAGUGCCUUAUUGCACAGUGAAGGGGGCAAAUGAGUGCUGUUGAAUAGGGCUUAUUUUGAACGGCUUCCUUUGUAACAUAAUGGUGCACGUCAAAAAAAAGAUCUGAAAUUGAUCACUUUUGAUAGUUUGACCAAGUGUGCGACAGAACUGAGUGAUUUGUUGUAUACUUGUUUUUCAAACUGCACCACCUAUAUUGCAUUUUAAUGUUUUCUUAAUCCAGAAGUUCAUAUCUGUGUCGUGGGGUCUGACUCAUUCCUGUUGUUUUAUCAAGGUUUUGUCAAGAUACCUAAUUUUAAGCGAAAUCUUAUGCAAGUAGUUUUUUGCCUUUUAUGCUGUCAGACAUACGAUAAAGAAACAUGACCGUGAUGUAAUUUUCAUGUGCAAUACCAACAGAGUUCUGAUUAAAUGCCCUUGACCAUUUAAAAAAAUAUAUUUAUUAAAUACAAGGAACCCCUACCUUUCUGUUUGUGUUG